UAUAAGGUGCGGUGCGCGUGGCGACGAGCAGCGCCUGUAACGAUGGCAGAAUCUCCGUCUGACUCCGAGUCACUGCAUUACUCCAUCGGUAUUUUGGGUAUAUCUGCUGGCUCUUUGCUGCUUCUGGUAAACUACUAUGCCAGCACUCCUGAUAAGGCCCUCAUUCCUGCUACAGCACUGGGGAUUGAGCUGAUCAUUAUCGCCGCCCUGGUGGCCUAUGCAGGUUUGUGUCAGAGCUUGUCCCAUAGACUUCUCUAUGCUACACUUUGUCUGACUGUGUCAGCUCUGUGGUGUGGCUCAGGGCUUGUUCAUAUACUUGCAGGGGAAGGUAUAAUCAGUGGACAAAAUGGGCUGAGAAAUGCCAUGGUACCAGGGCUUGCUGCUUUUACUCUGGCGUUGCUUAUCAUUAGUUUAAUAGCUGUUCUGCAAAAGAAGGUCUUCCUCUGCUUUAUUUCCCUCACCAUAUGUUUGGCAUGUGCACAUGAAAUCGCUGGACUGACAAAUGUAAACUUUGGCCAGUCAGCCACAGCUGCCUGUUACCUCUUGGUCUGUUUUGUCUGUGCCUACUUUGGCAGCGGGCGUCUGUUUUUCUACAUCUCGAAUGGUAAGAUUAACUUACCAGGGACCAGUUUGCUGAAUAAAAACAGUCAGGAGUCAGCAAAGGGUCAAGAACAUAUCAAUGUAAUUGCUGUGGGUUUGGUAAUGAACUUGUUGUCAGCCAGUGUGUUAGCUUGUCCACUACUUGGUGUGGUCCCUGUACUUUUCUCUGGCCAUAUCCCAUGGCUUUGGACAGCUGGUGUCUUUCAGCUAGGUGUGUCUGUCCUCUCCUACAGAGCCAUGGACACCUUGGCAGCAACCUUCUAUGGUUUCACAGCUAUACUAAAGUUUUCUGAAGGUUAUAGUGUGCUAGUGAAAGACUUAACAGGCCAAAUCCCCUAUUCCCCAGUACCUUUCCCCACUGUUUUUGCAGUUCUCUUUUUUGUCCUGGCUUUGUUUAGCUGCAUCAGAAGUUUAGUUGAUGGCCUGUACCUGCUCUUCUUUGUGGCUUACUCUAUAGCAAUCGCUGCACAGCCCAGAGGCUUUUUCCAGGGUGGCACACAAGGUGUGCAAGCAGCUAUAUUUGUGGCAUCUGCCCUCAUGCUUCUGAUAACGCUCUAUAACCAGGUUUCCCAAAAGAAGAUACCCACAGGUGAAAGUGUCCUCAAGAAUCUUCUGGCUCGCAGCAAUAAAUUUACACUACGGGCUCAGGACAAAGACCUGCAUGCUCCCUAUUUGGGUUACUCCAAAUAUGCAGAUGCUGAGGUGUUGGCUCAUGGUUGUAGUGUGCUGGCAGCUUUUGCUAUCACCGCUAGUGUGGCUAAUCAGGACUCUUUGACAGUUCUAAUUUUGCCCUGGGCUGUGGUUGCAGGUGGUAUCCUGCAAUUUCUUUGUGGUUCAGUUGCCUUUGCUCGAGGUAAGACCCUAGAAAGCACUGCCUUCAUAUUCUAUGGCAUGAUGUGGACAGUAUGGGGCGUGACACGUUUUAGUGGUCUCUGUGGUGAUGUCCGGGGGUUCCACUUAGCAGUGGGAAUCAUCAGCUUUAUGGUUUUUAAUGUGCUUGUGGCUGUUGGAGCCCUGUUUUUGAAUAUAGCAUGGUUUGUCUAUGCAGCUACCUUUGAGCUCAUUCUCAUUAGUUUCCUGUUAGAUGUAUUAGGAGUUCUGCCCUAUGGCUAUGACAUUGGUGUGACGAUCAUCUUUGGUCUGGUUAGUUUCUACUUCUUCUUGGCCAGUAUAGUAAACUGCACCUUUGAGAGUCUGCAACUUCCUUUGGGUGGUCCUUUGAUCAAGUUGAAAGGAUUUGGUGGAGGCAGGGACAGCUGUCCACAUCUUUCUUCCAGAAAGGUCUCAUCAGUGAAGCAGAUUGCAGACAUCAUGAAGAAUGGAGGAAUAUGUGGAGUGCCCACAGACACUGUCUAUGUGCUUGUAGCAGCUUGCAAUCGACCGGACGCUGUUGAGAAAGCUUACAAGGUGAAGAAACAGGCACAAGAGCGUCCAAUGUCAUUGUGGCUCUCUUCUAUUAAACAGCUAGAACCAGUCAAACAUCAGAUCAGUCCCCUUCUCUGGGACUUCAUGGAGGUGACUUGGCCAUCAUCGAUCAGCCUGGUCAUUCCUAGAGCACCAUGGAUGGACCUCUUUGGUUUAAAUGAUUCAUCAAAAUAUAUUGGCACACCACAAAGCAUAGCCAUCAGAAACCCAGACUGCACUGUUGUAAACCAUCUAAUUAGCAUGGUGGGCCCUAUAGCUGUUACCUCAGCAAAUCCGACAGGUGAAGCAGACACGACCCAUCAUAACCAGGUGUAUUCUAAGCUGGGUGACAAGGUUGAUGGCGUGUUAUGUGAUGGGCCUUCACCAGAGAAUAUUGCCUCCACUGUUGUGGACUGCACCAAGAUCGAGAGUGGCCAAAUUGGCUUUUUCAGAGUCGGCCUAAUUCCCAAGUCUAAGGUCCUGCAGCUAUUUGAAGAAAUUCAGAAAAGACAUCGGCGUGGCUACAUGAAUGAUGGCUUUGAGACAGACAUCACUAAUCCUCAAAGAGACAGCACAAACUCUCAAACAGGUUCUGAAACUGAUUCGGGUUUAUGUCAGCCGACUCCUGCAGACUCUUUGAGUUCACUUGACCUCAGUCAACGCGGCAACAUGGAAGACAAAGAUUAAUCAUAGAGCUGGAUUCUGUGUAAUGACAGAUUUAUACAUGUAAAUAAUAAACCUGUAAAUAUCAUAUUUCAUAUUGUACAAUUAUAGCAAUGGGUAAAAACAUGACAAUGACAAUAAAGCCCCCAGUAAAAUGAUGCAGUGUUAACAGCAAUAUAGGUUAAUAUUUAUAUAUUGUUAAAUAUUAUAAAUAUUAAUAGUAUGAUACAACAUGCUUUUAAUUGUAUUACAGUGCUGCAUAUUGUAUGGUUGUAUAGAAGAUUAUGUUAUAGCAAUACAAAUAGUUUAUUCACAAACAGCACAAAAUAUCUUCUGCAUAUAGUCUUUGCAUAUAAGAGCAUUACAUUAGUCACCAAGCACAAAUCCCAAACAGCAUACAACUCUGGAUGAUUCUAUACUUAUAUGCACAGCCCUGAGUCACUUUAUAAGACACUAUUUAUUCACAAAGCACUAUAUUUUCAACAUUUAAUUUAUUCCUGGCUUCAGUUUGAGUUAUCUGGUGGUUUUUUAUUUAUUUAUCUGUAGUGCAUAUUGUACUAAUAAAAUUGAAAUGAAAUUUUUAUUUUUGUAUGCUACUGCUAAAAUGAAAAUAUAUUUGUAGAAGAUGUAAAGUAGGCAUAAAAAAGGCACGUAUACUGUUGCUGUAUCAUUAUUUGAGGGAUUACUACUAUUACAUUACAAUAAUACUCUUACAUUAGUACUUUAUUCUUAUAUAUUACAGUAUUAUGUUUCUAACUGGAGAAGAAUCUUGGGUGUGGCAUGGGACAUCAAAGUUUUGACAUUCCAGCUAGCAAUAAUUUAACAAAAAACUAUAUAAAUUUUGAAAUGUACAUUUACAGGUCAAGUACUGGGAUUUUUUUACAUUUAU